AACAUGUUUUUGGGAAAGGUUGUAAUUGCCUUGUUUUUAUCAUUGUAUAUAGCUAUUAGAGGGUAUCGGAAAAAGAGUUUGGAUUUUUCGGGAGCCUUUGCUGCAUUGUUUGUUGGAUUUGUUUCUGUAGUUGGAGGGUUUUCAUGGACUGUGAUAUUACUCUUCUUCUUCUUUUCAAGUUCUGCACUCACCAAAUACAAGGCAGAUAUUAAAAGGAAGAGAGAAGAUGGAUAUAAAGAAGGAGGACAGAGAAAUUUUGAGCAAGUAAUUGCUAAUGGAUUCUUUCCAACAUUUAUUUGUUUACUAUUCCAAGUGUUUUCUAGAUUGGAAGUUCAUAGAUAUUUGUAUGGAAAUUUCUAUUAUUUCAAUGCUAAGGAUUAUCCAUUGAAGACAUUCUUAUUGGUCUGCUAUUUGUGUUGCUAUAUUGCAAAUACAAGCGAUACUUGGUCAUCUGAAUAUGGAAUUUUAUCAAAGAAGGAACCAAUUUUCAUUUUAACAUUGAAAAAGACUUUCCAUGGUGUAAAUGGAGGUGUCUCAUUGAGUGGCUAUUUGGCCUCAUUGAUGUUUGGAAGUAUGUUGGUCGGAAAUUCUAAUGAGAUUCUUCCUUUAUUUACUCAAUUGGCUGUUGUUCUCAGUUACCAGUAUCCAAUUGUAGUAUUAUGUAUCUUCUCUGCAUUAUUUGGAACAACUUUGGAUUCUGUCUUGGGAGCAAUAUUUGAAUAUUCAGGUUUUGAUGAGGAAAAAAAGAUUGUGGUGAAACAACCUGGACCAAAUGUUAAAACUAUAUCUGGCCUUUCAUGGCUCAAUGGAAAUCAAGUGAAUUUCCUUUCAGGGUGCAUAACAGGACUUGGUAAGUAUUUGAUUUUUCAUUUCUAUGGAGGAUAA